AUGGCUUCUGAGUCGCUGGCUACAGAAGUGGUAACAAAACGAGCCCAGAAGGAGUGGUCUUUGCCGACUAACUCAGUCCCAACUCCACAGUUGCAUCUGUAUAACAGUCUGACGAGAAGAAAGGAUUUAUUCGUUCCUAACAAUGGAAACACUGUUAAAUGGUACAUCUGUGGACCAACAGUUUAUGAUAGCUCACAUAUGGGUCAUGCGAGGGCGUAUCUAUCGAUGGACAUUCUGAGACGAGUCAUGACUUCUUAUUUUGGAUAUGAUGUCCAGUUCGUAAUGAAUAUCACCGACAUUGACGACAAAAUUAUUAAGAGAGCACGUCAACGGCACUUGCUAACGAAAUAUCUUGAGAGAUCCAAAGAACCUCCUUCUGUUGGAAAAAUUGUCCAGGACAUAGUUUCCGCUUUGGAGUUUUUCAGGAAAAAAUUUGAAAAUGAGACCGAUCCAGACAAGAAGAAGAUGUAUGAGUCUAUGAUCGCAAGAGUGGACGCUUCUGCUCAACAUCUUGAGAAGUCUUUGGAAGCUAACGAUAAAGAAAAUAUUGAAGGCGCUAAGGGAACUCUUCUGAAUGAAGCUAGGGACAUUCUUUCGGAUUGGCUGGAUGCUCGAUUUGGAAGUGUAGUAAAUGACCAUUCUGUAUUCCAGACUCUCGCGAAAACAUAUGAGAGCGAAUUUCUAUCAGACAUGGCACGCCUGAAUGUUCUCCCAGCUGAUAUUGUAACUAGGGUCUCGGAAUAUGUUCCCGAAAUCGUUGCAUAUGUGGAGAAAAUUAUAAAAAACGGAUAUGCUUAUCCUACAGCUGAUGGAUCAGUGUAUUUUGACACGAAAGCUUUCGAAAGUAAUCCCAAACAUUUCUAUGCAAAGCUAGUGCCAGAAGCGUACGGUGAUGCAGAGUCUUUGGAGAAGAACAUGCGCGAAGGAGAAGGAGAGCUCAGCAUGGGUGAAGAUAAACUUCAGCAAAAACGUAACCCCUCUGACUUCGCCCUCUGGAAAUCCUCGAAGGAUGGAGAGCCGUUCUGGGAUAGUCCUUGGGGAAAAGGCCGUCCUGGAUGGCAUAUAGAAUGCUCUGUUAUGUCGACAGCAGUUUGCGGUCCAAAGCUUGAUAUUCAUGCAGGAGGUUUUGACCUCAAAUUCCCUCAUCAUGACAACGAAAUCGCACAGGUGGAAGCUUAUUAUGAUGACCCACAUUGGGUAAACUAUUUCAUUCACUGUGGCACUCUUCGGAUAGCAGGAAUGAAAAUGAGUAAAUCGCUCAAGAACUUUAUUACUAUACGGGAGGCUCUGCGACAGUACUCUGCACGACAACUUCGUCUGCUCUUUCUCAUGCACAACUGGACGGAUGUUCUCGACUACAGUGCAUCUACAAUGGAGCGUGCUAUGCAGUUUGAGAAGAUUUCCAACGAGUUUUUCCUGCUAGUCAAGGAUAUCCUGAGGAAACACUACAAACCAGAUUGUCCUCAGGGUUACCUUAAGUAUCACAAUCGUGAACUUCAAAUAUUAGAAGACUUCUCCAGAAUUAAAGCGGAAAUCCAUGAAGCGCUAUGCGAUUCUGUGGACACGAGAACGGUGAUUGAAAAGCUUCGAGAACUUAUCGGUUUAGGGAAUUCUUAUAUUGUUGAAAAGGAAAAAGAAGGUGUUGUUCCUAACUGCUUACUUCUUCGGAAUAUUGCCCUGUUUAUAACAGACCUUUUUGCUGUAUUUGGAGUGAUUCCUAAAUCCGGUGAAAUUGGUUUUCCAAUGGAAAGUGCGUCUGGUGUUGGUACUGAAGACAUACUGAUGCCUUACCUCAAUGCACUCGCUAGCUUCCGAGAGAAUGUGCGAAAUAUUGCGAAGGACAACAAAAUAACUGCAAUUCUGGAGGAGUGCGACCGUCUACGAGAUGACGUACUUCCGGAACUAGGCGUGCGACUAGAGGAUCGAACGCAAGAAACAGUGGUAAAGCUCUGUGACAAGGAAAUUCUCCUACGAGAACGGGAGCAAAAGCGAGCCAUUGAGGAAGCUAGGCGCUUGGAGAAAGAACGUAAAGCAGCUGAAAAGGCAGAAAAAGCAGCAGCGAAGAAGAUUCCUCCACAAGAAAUGUUCUGUCGUGGAGAUGAAGCCAAAAAGUACAGCAAAUGGGACGAGAAUGGAAUUCCAACACACACCGCAGAUGGUGAAGAGGUUUCUAAAAAACAGAGGAAGAAAUUGGAAAAGAUGUGGGAGACGCAACAAAAGAAUUACCAACAGGCUACAGCUGUAGAUGGUUAA